CCUGCAGAGAUUGCUGCGAACAUGGAAUAACAAGGAUUUAAGAGUUUCACAGAACAACAAAACCUCAAAAUGAGUCUCAGUGAAAAACAUUCAGAGCAAAAUAAUCAGAGAGAGACUGAAAUACGAGAGGACGAUGAGCUUCACCCAGAGGACUGUAAAGGUAAGGAUGCUCAGGUGAAAGAUUUACUCAAGACAAGUCAGAUGGAGAAAAGAUCGGUCAGCCCACUGACUCUUCUCAAAGAGGACUUGAGCCAGUUCAGGGAAGAAGUGUUGAAAGUGUUCAAGGACAAAGACGCAAAUCCUAAAACAACUCAGGCGCCAGAGAAGCUCGUCAACCCUCUGACUCUGUUAAAAGAGGACUUGAAUCAUUUUAAAGAAGACAUCUCCAGCGCCUUCAGAAUCGUCCUUUCAAAGGAGCGAGAGGAUAACGAUGUCGCUGCGAAGGAAGACUCCUCCAACACUUUCAAAAUAAAAGCCCCCAAAGCUGAAACAACUGACAGGUCCAUAAUGGGUCUGUUCAGAAGAGACCGAACUCUUUCAAAGAUUAACCAACAAACAAAAGAUGCUCAGGAAGUUGGGAAGACAUUCUCAGUAAAGACCGAGGAACAAAUGGACAAUGGGUUUAGGAACAAAAACUCAAUCAGCACUGAGGAAACUAACAGAAAUGUGACAGACAGGCUGAAUGAAUCAAAUGACUGCAGGCUGGAUGUAAAUGUUUCUCAGGAGGUAACUGAGAGGAGGAAGACUUUCUCUGAAACCCAACAAAGACAGGAGGUGAUAUGUGCAUCAGAGACAGGUGAUCAGAUCAGUGUGAAUGAGAAGGAGGGAGGCGAUUCCUCAGUGGCGUCAGGAGAGGAUGAAGAUAAACCUUCAGAAACAGUUCAGUGUCCUCCGUCUUCUAGAUUCGCUUUGUUCAGUGUGGGAAACACCAACAAUGAUGACCUGAGCGAGCUGCCAGGAGGAUACCUGUGGGCACUGAAAAACUUUGCCUGCUAUCUGACCCUUGACCCCAACACUGCCAACUCUGAACUCCUUCUAACUGAAAACAGCAGGACGGCAACUCGUGUCUGGCGAGACAUUGAAUCAUCGAGCCACCCGGAGAGGUUUGAGCACUGUCCUCAGGUCCUGUGCAGGGAAGGACUACUGGACAAGGUGUACUGGGAGGUGGAGUGGAGCGGUGGCGCCGACAUCGGUAUCGCCUACAACAACAUCUCUAGAAACGGAAAAACGGCAAACUGCCUGCUGGGACACAACGAGUGGUCCUGGACCGUGGAGUGCUCAGAGGGAAUUUACACACCGUGCCACAACAGAAAGAGGUUCAAGUCCUCCUCGCCUGAGCCCUUCGCUCGCAAAGUUGGGGUCUAUCUAAACUGGUCUGCUGGAACUCUGUCCUUCUACUGUGUAACUCAGGACAGUAUGGUCCACAUCCACACCUUCACCUCCACCUUCACUGAGCCGCUGUACCCGGGGUUCUGGGUGUGGGCUUGUGAUGGCUCAGUGUCUCUCUGUCAUGUGGAGUUAGAGUGGGAACGCGUCCUACGGUGACAGCACCAUGGACUCAUGAAACCUGAAUUCUCCUUUUCCUACAACUGACGGAUUCAUGUGGACAGUAAAACCGUCACUGUUAACGAGUCAAAUGGGAACUUAAUGAGAACCAGAAAAUAUAGCAUUUAAUGAGUAUUUAAAAUUCAGAUUUCACUGAAAUAAAUAGAUUAAAUUAAUAUUUAUACAUUUAUUAGUCCAAGAGUUUUCUUCAAGUGAAGCCAUUAACCAUCCUGCUCGGAUGAUUAUGCAGUGUUUCCCACAGAUUUAUAUUCAUACACUUAGACUAACCCUGUGUUUUGGCGAAAAGCAAAAUGGGCUUUUUCUUUAAAAAAAAUGUAAAUAGUUUUUGAUGAGUGUCUGUAAGAAUGUUUAUUUCUUCCCCAGAUUUAAUAUUACAUACAAAUGACAUAUUCUGAUAGCUUAGGGUUAUGGUUAGGGUCAUCAUAGCCUGAGACUACACAGAUCUCCUGGCCACUGAUGAUCACGUAUGAUGAUGAUGACAUAUUUUUGCGAUGUUAUAUUAAGUUUGAGUGUUGUGGAUGUAUGAUUUAGCUUCCAGGCACAAAAUUGUUUUCACAAAGUAGCAGCACUGACUCGAGUCAGUGUGUUCUCGCACUGUGAUCACGUAUCAGCUGCGGAGCAGACAGGAACUCUGCAUCAAACAAAUAUGCAUGAAUGAUGAACAAUAUGGACACAAAAUCUGAAUAUUUUAAGGAUUAAUGGUGAUUUCUUGUUUUCUGUAAUGUUUUUGUCAAGUGGAGUCUUUGAAGAGGGCGUUUUCUUUCUUAGCACGUACCUUCUC